GAGAGUUGGUUUAACUGCCCUAACUAUGGCGGAAUAUUUUAGAGAUGUUAAUGAACAAGACGUGCUUCUAUUUAUCGACAAUAUCUUCCGAUUCGUCCAAGCGGGAUCCGAAGUGUCAGCCUUAUUGGGUCGAAUGCCUUCCGCUGUAGGUUAUCAACCGACCCUUAGUACCGAAAUGGGUUCUUUACAAGAAAGAAUUACUUCUACCAAAGAAGGGUCUAUAACUUCUAUUCAAGCAGUUUAUGUACCCGCAGACGAUUUGACCGACCCUGCCCCUGCUACGACAUUUGCACAUUUGGAUGCUACGACCGUACUAUCAAGAGGAUUGGCUGCCAAAGGUAUCUAUCCAGCUG